GAAUUGUGCAAGUCCAACCUCAGAGCCAAGUAUUUUCCAGAUAUCCACGCUAUCAUGAGCCGACCAAUCCCGACGCCCAUCAUGUCUCAACAUAUAUCAAUCACCUCUGCCCGGCCUGCUUUGCAUCAAAUCCUAAUUAUACGCGACCCACACAGCAAUAGGAAAGAUCCAUGGCAACCUGAAAAUAGCCACACCAGAAUCCACUGCUAG